UUUGUUCAAAAACCAUUGUAAAAACAGGAACAAUAAAGCUGCAGUUGUUCUAGCCUAUCAGCUGUUUUGCUGGUGGCCGACGGUUGCGGUAGGAGCUGCGCUGUAGUGAAGAUGGCGGCAGGUAGUGCUGGUCGGAUUUCCCCACAAUUUCCAGAGAUAGAGGAUAGUCGCACAGGAUCGUGUCCUGCAGAAGAGGAUAGUGAUAAUGAAGGAGAAGACAUUUUCACUGGAAAUGCAAAGUCUCCACAGUUAAAUAAAGGCAUCACUGGACCAGUUAACAAGAGUUCCAAAAGCAAUGGUUUGUUUUUAGAAGAGGAGGAACAAGAUAUGUUUAAAGAGGCCACUGUGGAGCUGUCUUUGGAUAAUUCAGAAAAUGACAGAAAGAAAGAUUCUGCGAAACCGUCUGUGUCUGCAUCUUCAGUUGCAACAUCAGCAAAUUUAUUUCCACAGAAGCAAACUGUGAAGGACUAUGAAGAGCUAGAAGAAGAAGAAGAAGCUGGAGGAGACCAGUUUCAGUUGAACAUUAAAGUGACAGACCCAAAGAAAAUUGGUGAUGGCAUGAAUGCAUAUGUGGUUUACACAGUCUCAACACAGACAGAACUACAGAUGUUUAGACAUAAGCAAAUGAUGGUGAAGAGAAGAUUUAGUGACUUCUUGGGCCUAUAUGAAAAGCUCAUGGAAAAACAUGCUUCUGCUGGUCUUAUAAUCCCACCACCUCCAGAGAAAAGUAUACUAGGUAUGACAAAAGUGAAAGUUGGAAAAGAUGACUCAUCCGCAGAAUUUCUGGAGAGAAGACGUGCUGCAUUAGAAAGGUAUCUAAACAGAGUUGCUUCACACCCUACUUUGUUACAAGAUCCAGAUGUCAGAGAAUUUCUUGAGAAAGAAGAGUUACCACGAGCAGUAAGCACACAAACUCUUAGUGGAGCAGGCUUCCUCAAGAUGAUAAAUCGAGCAACAGAAGCAGUCAAUAAAAUGACUAUUAAGAUGAAUGAGUCUGAUAUUUGGUUUGAAGAAAAGCUUCAGGAAGUGGAAUGCGAAGAGCAGCAGUUAAGGAAAUUACACGCUGCUGUAGAUGCUUUGGUCAGUCACCGCAGAGAACUGUCCACCAAUACUGCAUUGUUUGCUAAGAGUGUAGCUAUGCUAGGGAGUGCAGAAGAUAAUACUGCAUUGUCACGAGCACUGUCACAGUUGGCUGAUUUAGAGGAGAAGAUUGAACAGCUGAAUCAGGAACAGGCCAAUAAUGACUUUUUCUUGCUAGCUGAACACUUAGGAGAUUACAUCCGAUUGCUUUCUGCUAUCAGGGAGGCAUUUGAUAACCGAAUGAAAAGCUGGCAGCGAUGGCAGGAUUCACAGGCUACUCUGCAGAAGAAACGAGAGAAUGAGGCUAGACUUCUGUGGGCUAACAAACCAGACAAACUACACCAGGCCAAAGAGGAGAUAUCCGAGUGGGAGUCAAAGGUUGGACAGUGUGAGAGAGAUUUUGAACGUAUUUCAUCCACUCUCCGGAAAGAAGUAAUGCGCUUUGAGAAAGAGAAGAUCAGUGAUUUUAAAAGUCAGAUUGUCAAAUACUUAGAAACACUUCUUCACGUGCAACAGCAGCUUAUAAAGUACUGGGAAGCAUUCCUACCGGAAGCUAAGGCCAUUGCCUGAAGGUGGACCAAGACAUUGUACAUUUGAAAACGUAUUACAUAUUCCUUUUAUAUGGUAUACCUCUCGCCAUUUAAACUGCAUGGACUGUCACAGCACAAAGGGAAAAGGAUAGAGAUUUUAAGUGGCAAGAGAAAAACAGACAAAAGUAGUACUUAACUGCAUUUCAUCAAUUAGCUCUUGUAUUAACAAUGUAUAUUUUUCAUUUACCUUCAAUAUAUAUUUUCUUAAAAAAAAUUAAAAAGUUUAUCUGCUUUAUUGAAAAUGCUAAAUAGGGUAUGGGUUUUAAUGUCCAGACACUGUACUGUGAUACAGUGCUGAAUAGUGCCACAGAUUUUUGUGUAAUAAAUGCUAUUUAAAAUAAA